UUGUUUAUUGUUUCUUACGCUCCCUACUCUGGAAAGGGACCCCUCUUAACUUCUUGGGCUUUUGGCUCUUCUGGCUAUUUAGAAAACCAGGGUAAGCCGUCUCUCCCGUGUCCCACAAUCCCACGCCUUCCUAACCAUUCAUAAAAUCAACAUGUAGCGGCCACAGGCAGCCCCGCCACCAAAAGUGGCUUCUUUUUCAUUGGAACAACCAAUGGCCGGGAUCCGAUUGGUCCAGCUCCGCCUGGAUGCUGGGGUUGCCAAAUCACGGAACCUGCGUGUUCUUCUCUGUCUGUUUACGGUUGAAUGGGCGGGUCAGCACUCAGCGUGUUACAUAUGGUGAGCACAGAAAGCUCGGCGUCUCUUGGCCUUCCCGGGGAGGAAAUGGUGGAAACUUUUCCCACCUGGAUGUAGCCACUUCCCUGACGCUCCAGUCGGCGGCUGCCUGUGAAGCUGCGGAGGGAGGGCGGUAGCGCCGUUUCUCUGGGGAUUGCUUGUGUCUUCUAAGAAUGGUGCUUGUUUCCAAGUGCAUUUAUUUUCCAGGACAGACAGGUCUGUUUGAUACGUAAGUUAAAAGAGGAUUCGCAAAUCUGAUCCGCUAGGUAGGGGUCUCUCUGCCUCGAAGAAAACAUUUCCAACCCCCAGCUUCUCCCCACCCCCAUCACCAUCACCACCCCCUUUCCCUUUUUUUUUUUUUUUUUAAAUGUGAGAAUUUGAAAGCAGUGGGUAAGAGCCGCUAAACCUAUCAGAGCCAGGCUACCAGACAGCCUAUUACGAUAUUAAAUAAAAACAGAAACAGCAUGCCCAUCAUAGGCUAAUCAAUCCCCUCUCCGGCGCGCUUUCAAGCCAGGCUGAAGCCGCCUCCACGCAGCUCUCGGGCACUCAUUCCGGGCAUGGCUGUCUAAGGGCGCCCGUCUCUCCCGUCGUCCUUCCAAACUCUUUCGGGCAUUCCGAGCCCCGGGGCGUCGCAGCCCCCGAGGUCCCCGGGCUUGUGCCAUGCAAGGUCCAGACCGCCUGGCCGCUAUGCCAGCGCGGAGCAGCCGCGGAGGGCGGCCUGGAGGUUUCCCCAGGGUCGCUGCUUAUUAACCAUUCCGCGUGGCUUCCUCCGGAGGAAGAUGUGACAGCUCGCCCGAGGUCCUUCCGCCAUUACUCACAGACUUCCACUACAAGGAAAGAGCCUUCUAGACAUACACCCUCUAAGAUGUUUAUAUGGACCAGUGGCCGGACCUCCUCAUCUUAUAGACAUGAUGAAAAAAGAAAUAUUUACCAAAAAAUCAGGGACCACGACCUUCUGGACAAAAGGAAAACAGUCACCGCUCUGAAAGCUGGAGAGGAUCGAGCCAUUCUCCUGGGACUGGCCAUGAUGGUCUGUGCCAUCAUGAUGUACUUUCUGCUAGGAAUCACACUCCUGCGCUCGUACAUGCAAAGUGUGUGGACAGAAGAGUCUCAAUGUACGUUGCUUAAUGCUUCCAUCACAGAAACGUUUAACUGCACUUUUAUUUGUGGUCCAGAAUGUGAGAAGAACUCUCAGUAUCCCUGCCUGCAGGUCUAUGUUAACCUGACUUCUUCGGGGCAAAAGCUCUUACUUUACCACACAGAAGAAACAAUGAAAAUCAAUUCUGAGUGUUCUUACAUCCCCAAGUGUGGCAAGAACUUCGAAGAGUCUCUGUCCAUGGUGAAUGUGGUGAUGGAGAAUUUCAGGAAGUACCAGCGCUUCUCCUGUUUCUCUGACCCCUCUGGCAUCCAAAAGAACGUCAUCUUAACCAAACUCUACAGCUCCAACGUGCUGUUCCACUCACUCUUCUGGCCCACGUGCAUGAUGACUGGGGGGGUGGCCAUCGUUGCCAUGGUGAAACUCACGCAGUACCUCUCCUUGCUCUGCGAACGCAUCCAGCGCAUCAACAGAUAGAGUCCGAGCCAGCCGGGACAAGGUUUUUCUUUGACGUGCAAAUACUGGUUUCUCUCAUUCUUCACCAAAGAACCUUAAGUUUGUAACGUGUCGUCUAUUAUGAGUUUCUUAAUCGAUUCCGAUACAUAGAGCAAUAACGCAGCUGCUGUUUGAUAAGUGAUGUUUCUAUUCUGUAGAAGACGUGGUGGAGCAUCCCCACAGUUUGAUGUUGGUUGUUUUCAUCCCCUUGGGUUUGUUGGUCUGUUCGUUUGUUUGUUUUUUCUGGUGACACUAGGACUUCUUUCUUUCCUUCCACUGAGAUAGGAUACAGUGAAUCAUUUGUCAAGCUUUGUCAAUGAAUGUGGUGUGGUGUAUUAUGUGUUCGGAGUCAUCAUCUCUCUCAGAGACAUCUCUGCAAUGUAUUGUGUCAUUCGUUGUUUACCGAAGCUGCAGCCAAAAACAAACAAAAAAAAAUCCCUUUUCUUUUUCUCCAAACCGAGCCCUCUAGCAAGAGAUGGGACCAGGAUACCUUCAGCAAGGGUAUUCAUCAUUUUCCUUGUAUCGCUACCAUAUCACUGUAAAGAUGAAAUAAAAACGGUCACCUAUUUUUUUUAUUAUUUUUUACUCACAACAAUGUUAGCUUUUUAACAGGAUUGAAAAUGGAAGAAGCUCUGUUCUCACUUGUCAUUUUCUUGUUAACCACUAUCCUUUAGGGAGACAAAGAAUAGCUUUGAUCCCAGUCUUAGACCUGCUAAGAGGGGAGGAGAUGAUACCAACAAAGGACUGCCUGUCCUAAGAUUUGAGUGAACGGUGACAGCCACCUUCAUAAGACUUGACUCGAGUGCACCCAUAUUGACCCUGGAAGUCUCCCUUCCUAUUAAUUAUCACCAUCUCUCAGUGGAGCUGUUCAAUAGCAUCCACUAUUCUGGACACUAAGAUCCUGGUUAGUAGGCAAAAUUUAUUGGAGUGCUUUUUUUUAAGAAAACUAAAAAGUAGAUGUGUUAGGAAGAGAUGGUAGAAGAUUUCUAGACAGGCAAAAGAAUGUGAUGUCUCUUACUUGAUCUGUUUUUUCUGUGGGAAUCUUAAAGCAAUGAACUCAGAAUGUUUCUCUCCCUGCAUAUUUUAUUUUUCUAUUUACAGUCCCUUUCUUUUGUUAUAUUUUAUAAGCAGUCGAGAUCUUUUUUUCUUAACUGACACUUGAACUGAAUAACAGAUUUGAGAUUGUUUCUAUUAGCACCCUAAUUAAUUACUGUGUUCUGGGAAAUCAAUAAGAGAUUGAUUCUAAAUGAGAAUGUCCUGCUUCUCCCCCCCCCCCAAGCCUCAAUAACCAAACAGAGGGAAAACACCAUCUUCAAUCAGUCUCAUCCAUAUUUAAGUACUUUUUUGUAAUAUAGUAUUGAAAAGUUUUUAGCUAAUACAAGGUUUUACAAAUCAUACUUGUGAAGUGAACAGUAAAAUUAAUCUGAUGAGGUGGAAAUUAAUCUUCAAUCUUGUAAUCCAUAGUUUGACUUUUCUUAAGCAAAUAAACCCCUGAGGUAUAAUCAAGGCUCCGAUGUAUAAUUAAAAAUAAAAAGAAAAAAUCCAUUAAA